AUGGCUACAAGCCGAGCUACAAGCCCUUCUUCCUCUGCAGGCUCUGCUCCUUUUAUAAACGUUUGUGAUAAAGAACUAAGUAUUGAUGAGUAUCAUUCAGUGUAUGAUAAAGUGAAGCCUAUUUCUGCUAGUUGGAAGUCAUUCGCCAUUUCAUUACGUUUGAGAAUAACUGACAUUAAUAUCAUAGAAGCUAGCUCUCACGGAAAUACAAUUUCUUGCCUGCAGAAAGUUUUAGAGUAUUGGCUAAAGAAAAAUUAUGAUUAUGAAUCUCAUGGUAUUCCCUGCUGGAGAAUGGUGUGUGUAGCUGUUAAAGAAGGAGGAGGAAAUCCAGCAUUAGCUAAUGAAAUAGCUCGUGAACAUCCUCUACCAGCUACCGUGGGAGUCUCUAUUAACGUUAUUCAUAGUGAAGGAAUGUCACCUGGUUCAUCAGGAGGAUACAACUCAAAUGAUAAUGACAUUUUACUCCCACUACCAUCAGCCGAUAGAAGAGAUAUCUCUUCUUUUGAUGAUGCAAUGUCACCUGGAAGUGGAAAAUCAAAUAGUUCAACAUGUAAGAAUACCAUAUUUUAUGGAGAAUGAUUUUGCAAAUCCUUAAAAU